CCUUUUCCCCCCGUGGAGAUGGACAGAUUGAAUGUUCCAGGGAUGGAAGCUGGAGAGCGGGGGGUGCAUUGAUUGUCUCCAGUGCCAAGUUCACCAGGGGCCAAGAGGGGCUUUUGCUGCCACACACUAAGUUCAGUUCAGCUGAGGUCUUGGUGCUUUCAUCUUGGCUAAGUCCAUCCUGUUCCUCUCUAAUUAAAGACACCCCACCACCACCAGAGUCUUCAGCCUUUGAAGCCAGCCCAGUCCUUAGGUUGACCGGUUCAUGUCAAGCCAGACUCCUCUGUGAGGGUCUCUGUGGCAGGAGAUCAGUGUCUCAGCUGCUUUGGAAAUCAGAGGGGAGAGCUCCUCAGCCCAGGAGUCCCAGGCGUGUUUAAUUUGCAUGCAAAAAGAAUGACAGGCUAACAUUAAUAACCAUCCUGUGACUUGAGAUGCACCUCCUCUCCUCAGGUUCAAAGCAAUAUGAGGUAUCUGUCAUCUGGGAGUGCUUUCUCUCCCCAGCCUUCCUGGGAGGCAAGGAAGGGCCAUUCACAAUUGGACAUUAAGGCCUUGAAAUUAAAAACACUACUCAGAAUCACAAAGGAUGUUUCUGGCCAAACCAGAAACAACUGCCUCCUGACUGCUAGUCAGGUGCUCUAUCUGCACACUCCCAGCCAGGCCUCUCAAUUUGUGUCUCACCUAAUUGGCCACUCUGAAGCCUCUGGGAUGUCAGUCUCCCGUUGGCCUGAACUUAUGUCCCUUAGAAACCAAGUACCACCAGCUCCCCCACUGACCCUCUGGAAAGUGAUGGGCCAAUGGAAAUGAUACAAGAACCCAUGAGUCGGAGGUCAGGUAUCCUUGGGUACCUCUGUGGCUGGGGCUUUCUGCAGGGAAAUGCAGGGGACAAAUUUCUGAAGACAGUGGGGUUCUCUGAGAACACAAAGGGACACUUGGAAGGAAAACUGGAUCUGCUUCCAUGAAAACCUAUGCCUAGGGAUAUAGGACAUCCCACCCUACUUUAGCACUGCUUAAAGUUAAGGCAAAAGAGAUUGGAAUCCUUUGGGAGAGGAGUUUCCUGAGUGCUGGCCCCAUGUACUGAUGAGCCGAGACAUCUUGGGGACAGCUCACAACCCUCUGACAGGCUUCCGUGUCCUUGGGGGUUAACAGGAGAGGCCAAGUGGAUCAAGAGCCUGUGCUGCAAACUUGGGAGGCUGGUGCUGCGCCCACCGGGGUGGGCAGGCAUCAUGGGGUAGCCAAUCAGAGAGGAGGGAACUGCAGAGAAACCCAGUGAUCCUGCUGCAGCUGAGCUGUCCUCGGAGGGUGGGAGCCAAGGGAAGGGGGGAGGAGGGGAUGGGGAAGGACAUUCCACAGGCUUUUUUGGCCCCUGACAGAGACAGGGAGGUCAAAUAGAAAGGGAAAGGAGCAAGCCAGGACUCCAGAUCACAACAAGAGCAUCGAGACCAGGCUGGUUCUGUGUGUGAGGAACUUGCCUGGGAGAUAAAAUUAGACAUAGAGCUUGCCAACCGGGCAUCUGAAGCGUGGGACAUGGACCGUGCACUGGGAUGGCAAGGCAGUUCUGUCCCUGAGGACAGGACUGAAACUGGGAUCAAGCGCUUCCUGGAGGACACAGAUGAUACAGAACUGAACAAGUUCGUGAAGGAUUUCCCAGGAAACGAGAGCUACCACCAACCAGAGGCCAAAACCAGGGUGUCCAGGCCCCAAGUUUCGGAGCCAAGGCCCCAGGCACCAGACCUCAACGAGGAUGACUUGGAGUUCAGAACCCCCUCGUGGCCCCAGCCCUCUGACAGCCAGCAGUACUGCUCCGCAUCAGCCCCUCUCAGCCCCUCAGCCCGGCCCCGCAGCCCAUGGGGCAAGCUUGAUCCCUAUGACUCCUCCGAGGAUGACAAGGAGUAUGUGGGCUUUGCCACCCUCCCCAAUCAAGUUCACCGGAAGUCCGUGAAGAAAGGCUUUGACUUUACCCUCAUGGUAGCAGGAGAGUCUGGCCUGGGGAAAUCCACUCUUGUCAAUAGUCUCUUCCUCACUGAUCUGUACCGGGACCGGAAACUCCUCAGUGCUGAAGAGCGGAUCAUGCAAACUGUGGAGAUCACUAAACAUGCAGUGGACAUAGAAGAGAAGGGUGUGAGACUGCGGCUCACCAUUGUGGACACGCCAGGUUUUGGGGAUGCAGUCAACAACACAGAGUGUUGGAAGCCUGUGGCAGAAUACAUCGACCAGCAGUUUGAGCAGUAUUUUCGAGAUGAGAGUGGCCUGAACCGCAAGAACAUCCAAGACAACAGGGUGCACUGCUGCCUGUACUUCAUCUCGCCCUUUGGCCACGGGCUCCGGCCAUUGGAUGUUGAAUUCAUGAAGGCCCUGCAUCAGCGGGUCAACAUCGUGCCUAUCUUGGCUAAGGCGGACACACUGACACCUCUUGAAGUGGAGCGCAAGAAACGCAAAAUCCGGGAGGAGAUAGAGCUCUUUGGAAUCAAGGUCUACCAGUUCCCAGACUGUGACUCUGAUGAGGAUGAGGACUUCAAAUUACAAGACCAAGCCCUAAAGGAAAGCAUCCCAUUUGCUGUAAUUGGCAGCAACACUGUGGUAGAGGCCAGAGGGCGGCGAGUUCGGGGCCGUCUCUACCCCUGGGGCAUCGUGGAAGUGGAAAACCCAGGGCACUGCGAUUUUGUGAAGCUGAGGACAAUGCUGGUGCGUACUCACAUGCAGGACUUGAAGGAUGUGACGCGGGAGACACAUUAUGAGAACUACCGGGCACAGUGCAUCCAGAGCAUGACCCGCCUGGUGGUGAAGGAACGGAAUCGCAACAAACUGACUCGAGAGAGUGGUACUGACUUCCCCAUCCCUGCUGUCCCAGCAGGGACAGAUCCAGAAACUGAGAGGCUGAUCCGAGAGAAAGAUGAGGAGCUGCGGCGAAUGCAGGAGAUGCUGCACAAAAUCCAAAGACAGAUAAAGGAGACCCAUUAGCUGGCUUUCAGCCCUGGAUAUUUAAACUUCUUCCUCUUCAUCCUGCCCAUGCCGGCCCCUCCCACCACCAGCUCUGCUCAGGCCCUUGAAGCUACUGCCAAUUCGCCUUACAUCCCUGCUGCCUCCCCAGAGACUCAGAGGAAAUAAAGUUUAACGAAUCUAUAGGUGGCU